AAGCACCUACGUAAUUUCAGACAUGCGCAGUUCUGCCAUGCCAGCAGCUUUUUUGGAUUGCUACCUGCUAGUUGUUCUGCACCCCAAUAAGCGUUCCCUGCCUGUGAACUGGACACAGUUAUGGAUACCGACGCAUUAUCGGAAGGGUUCCAAGAUUUUGAAAAGAAAGGGAAGAAAGAGAUCUGUCCCACAUUAGAUCAGUUCCUGUGGCAUGUCGCCAAAACUGGACAACCAAUGAUUCCAUGGUCACAGUUCAAAACAUACUUUUUGUUUAAGUUGGAUAAAGUGAUGGAGGAUUUUCAUGCUUCAUCACCAGAAGAGAGGGACACUCACAAUCCCAAUUUGGAAUAUAUUCCUUUUGAAGACAUUGAAAGAAAAAUUUCUCACAUCUUUGAUAAUCCUUCUAGGAUUCCAUUUACCAUUCAGCGGCUGUGUGAAUUGCUGACAGAUCCCAAACGCAAUUACACUGGUACAGACAAAUUUCUCAGAGGUCUAGAAAAGAAUGUAAUGGUGGUGAGCUAUCUGCAUUCCAUGUCAGAGAAAAAUGGGACAUCAACUGUGAACAGAAUGAAUGGAGUGAUGUUUUUUGGAAACUCCUCUCUGAAUUCAGACAGUCGAAGCGUGAACGGACCAGGCAUCCUGAAAACACUCAACAGACCAAAGCUGUCGUCCUCAUCUUCACUUUCCACCAACGGGCUCCCAGAGUGUUCUGGCACUAAGGAGCGAGAUGGAAUCACUGAGGCAGAGGAGCACCAUUUGAGUGACAGAGAUACACCACCUUCUGAAGAUGAACUGAAACAAAAUUAUGGAAUAAAGAACAAACAUCUUGAAGAAGAAGAGGAAUACGAUGAUAGCAAACAGGAACCCAAGAAACUGAAGACUAGUGAAAAAGAUGAUGAGAUGGAAAGAGAAGAUGAAUCAUCUGGUGAUCUUGCACAAGAGAAUUCAGCAGUUACCUCAAGAUCACAAGAAGAAACUUGUGAUCCAGAGAGCGACAGUGAAACAUCCCAUGAUGCAUCCUGUAUUUCAGACAGUCAUGAGCAAAGUAGCAGCCAUUCUCAACGACCUGAGAAGGAAGGAGAGUCAAGUGAGGCUAGUCCUGCCACCAGUGUACAGAGCUCUGUGGACCAGACUGAACAAGCUGCCUCAUCAGAGGCACAUUCAACCUACCAGGAGGACAGUGCUGUAGUCAAAAGCAGCAGUAGCGAUGCAGAUGCCUUAUCCAAUGAGAAGGCAUUGUCUGGUAGUCAUUCUCCUCAGUUGUCGACAGAGGUUGUUGCUGAAACCAUAAACAAUGCAGAGACUGCUGUAGAACCCGGAGAACAGGACUAACUUGAAAGGCAUGCCCAAUGACUUGUUUUUUUUACACUGUAUAAUACAACCCCAAGGGUAUUUGUGUAGCACUGUGGACCUUUAAGCUUCAGGACCAAGAGACACAUGGACCAGGGCACUUGCUCGAAGGAUCUUGAAGUCCACUUCUGUUUCCGCUUCUCACGGCCACUGGUCUCCAAAUCUUUAAACUGGAAGAAGACUGCCUUUUUUACUAUAUAAAACCUUUUUUUCUAACCUUUUCUUUUCUUAAUUUUCAUAUCUGAACAUUUAAUUUAAAGUAGAUGAUGUAUUCACUAAUUUCAUUAGUAAUUUGGUGUUUCACAGGACAUCCUUUUUACAGUUUUAGGCCAAGCACAGUACAUUUUGGUGUCUUUUUGUCUUGUUUUUUUAUGAAAGCUGUCUGGAGAUGACAAAUUGUAUCGAUAAUGUGAAGCAAGACUUUAUAAAUGUCUGCUUUUAUUUGUGUAAAGGACAUUACACAACUAUAUUUCUUGCUAUUGUGCACUUCACCCCUUGAAAACUGCAAAAAAAAGUCGUUUUGCAUUGUCUUUGUAUGAAGCCAAAAUCACAGCGCUGAAGGGAGCGCUUUUGUUAGGUCAAACCUUGCUUUGCCAUUUCCAGUUUAAUCACUUCAGUAAAUCAAAAGGUACUUUACCUUCUGUGUGUCAUAACAUCAUUGUACAGCUGUCCCUUUUUUGAUAGAUUUUUACAGUGCAUUCUUACAGUACACUCUGUAAAUAAGCUUUUGUAGACUUGUAAUAUGUGUCCACAUACUUAGUAAAACUGACUGCUGGAAUCUGAAGGCUUGAGCUUGUGUGAUGGUAUUUACGGAAAGCAAUAAAAGCCAAAAUUUGAAUUGA